AUGGUACGCUACUUCCUGAAGAACAAGGUCAGCCCUGAUCUGUGUAAUGAGGAUGGACUCACAGCCUUGCACCAGUGCUGCAUUGACAACUUUGAAGAAAUUGUCAAGCUGCUGCUUUCCCAUGGUGCAAACGUGAAUGCCAAGGACAAUGAGCUGUGGACACCCCUGCACGCUGCAGCCACCUGCGGCCACGUCAACCUGGUGAAGAUCCUCGUUCAGUAUGGGGCUGACUUGCUGGCUGUCAACUCGGAUGGGAACAUGCCGUAUGACCUCUGUGAGGAUGAACCCACCCUGGAUGUCAUUGAGACCUGCAUGGCAUACCAAGGCAUCACCCAGGAGAAAAUCAAUGAGAUGCGGGCAGCUCCGGAGCAGAAGAUGAUAUCAGACAUUCACUGCAUGAUUGCAGCGGGCCAGGAUCUUGACUGGAUAGAUGCCCAGGGCGCCACACUGCUACACAUAGCUGGAGCCAAUGGAUACCUGCGGGCAGCUGAACUCCUCCUAGACCAUGGAGUGCGUGUGGAUGUGAAGGACUGGGAUGGCUGGGAGCCUCUGCAUGCAGCAGCCUUCUGGGGACAGAUGCCAAUGGCAGAGCUGUUAGUGUCCCAUGGAGCUAGCCUCAGUGCCAGGACAUCCAUGGAUGAGAUGCCAAUAGACCUGUGCGAGGAGGAGGAGUUCAAGGUCCUUCUGUUGGAGCUUAAACACAAGCAUGACGUGAUCAUGAAGUCCCAGCUGAGGCACAAGUCAUCCCUGAGCCGGAGGACAUCCAGCGCAGGCAGCCGUGGGAAGGUGGUGCGUCGAGCUAGCCUGUCUGACAGAACCAACCUGUACCGGAAAGAGUAUGAGGGAGAGGCCAUCUUGUGGCAGCAGCGGAGUACAGCAGAAGACCAGCGUACCUCCACCUACAAUGGAGACAUCAGGGAGACCAGGACAGACCAGGAGAACAAGGACCCGAACCCCAGGCUGGAGAAGCCAGUGCUGCUCUCAGAAUUCUCUACCAAGAUCUCACGGGGGGAACUGGAUGGGCCUGUGGAGAAUGGCCUCCGGGCUCCUGUCAGCACCUACCAGUACGCUCUGGCCAAUGGGGACAUAUGGAAGAUGCACGAGAUGCCUGAUUACAGCAUGGCCUAUGGCAACCCCAGUGUGGCUGAUGUCCCCCCACCCUGGAGCGGCUUCAAGGAGCAGAGCCCCCAAACGCUCCUGGAGCUGAAGAGGCAGCGGGCCGCAGCCAAGCUGCUCAGUCAUCCAUUCUUAAGCACCCACCUGGGCAGUAGUGUGGCCAGGUCAGGGGAGAGCAGCAGCGAAGGCAAGGCCCCCUUGAUCGGAGGCAGAACUUCCCCCUACAGCAGCAACGGGACCUCAGUGUAUUACACGGUCACCAGCGGAGACCCCCCGCUCUUGAAGUUCAAGGCCCCCAUGGAGGAGAUGGAGGAGAAAGUCCAUGGCUGCUGCCGGAUCUCCUAGUGUCUUUGAGCUGGAGGAGAGCGCUGCCUCGGAGAGGUGUCCCUGGAAUCCAAGCCAGCCCUGGCUGGGGAGGUGUCAGAUGGCAGCCAGGCAGAGGUGUGAGCUGCUUUCCAGAGGAAUGCUGACCUUACCUCAUGCCCAGCUGCCCAUAGCAUCCCUGCUUCCCUCCGUGCUGCUUUCUUGCCUCAACGCCUGCAUCUGAAGCAUAGCGGCCCCAACUCGCUCUGCCGUCUGAUUCAGGGAGGGUGGGCUUGGGAAUCUCCGGUCUGUACUUUGUAAAGGCUUCUCGGGACUAGGACUAACACCCACCCCCCUUUCUCUCUCUCUCUCUCUCUCUCUCUCUCUCUCUCUCUCUCU